UUUUUUUUUUUGUCAUUGAAGAAGUCAGUUUCUAGGGUUUGGCUAAGUUUCUCAUUUUGAACGCUCAUUCUAUGAAAGUGUAUGUGUUCCAUUCACUACUCCAUUCACAAAUUGAUAGGAUUUCAAUUUUUACUAAUGUAAUUGAACCAUUUCAAACAAGAAAUAUUAAAUAGAAUCCAGUCAAAAUGAAAUGAGUCAAGUUCCGUGAGAACGUUUGGUCCAUUUUUCGGGCUCCAUUAUAUUUAUAACAAAUAACAAUAAGUCGGCUACACAGUGAUUUUAAACAAUUCGGCUACAUGACUGACCGCGUUUCCGCCGAAAUCAGUUGAGAUAAACCGCUAGAUGGCGCUGCGCUAUCAUAUGCGAACAAUAUUAUGUCUAUGAAACUAGUACCCCAAUCCCAAUCUCGUAUGCAUAAUGCAUCUUUUAUAUCUGUGACUACAACCAGUAUCAUUGAUAUAAAAAUUAAAAAUUCUACAAGUAGUAUGGUACCUAAUUAUUAGUUAUUACAAUUAGUAUAAUAAUUAAUAAUAAAGUAUAAAGUAGUUGUGCAGUAGUGUCAUAGUAGUGUGGAACUAUAAGUAGUUAUUAAAAACCAUAUUGAUAAAAAUAGCUUGGCUUAUAUCAUAUUAUAUUAUAUAAAUCAAUAAUAUUGCCAUAUUAGACACUGGCUUGCCUAGAGAAAAAUUUUUGGUGACAGAAUCAAUUUUGAUAACUUUAUGAAUGCAUUAAAAUUCAAUAAUUUAAUCAACCAAUUGAAAUUUAUAUGUUAUUCAAAUUUAAGAAGAAAAAUGAGCAUUGAAGUAAAUCCUGUAUUAAAUAAUGAACACAAUAUUGUGUGGUUUGACGGUGAGAUGACUGGAUUAGACUAUAACUGCCAUACCUUGAUCGAAGCAGCUAUAAUUAUAACGGAUAAAAAUCUGAAUGUUAUAGCUGAGAGUCCAAAUAUUGUUAUACAUCAAUCAGAAGAAGUGUUGGAAAACAUGGAAGAAUGGCCCAAAAAGCAUCAUGCAUUAAGUGGCUUAACUGAAAAUGUUAGAAACAGCGAUAUAUCAAUCGAACAAGCUGAUCAAAUGUUAUACGAGUUUAUCAAACCAUUUACUCCUAAAGGUGUUUGUCCAUUAGCUGGUAAUUCUAUUUACAUGGAUAGAACUUUUAUUAGAAAAUAUAUGCCGAAACUUGAAAGUCAUUUAAGUUAUAGAUUAAUAGAUGUGUCUACUCUAAAAGAGUUGUUUAAACGUUGGAAACCCGAAUUAGCAAAUGAAGUUCCAAUAAAAUCAUUAAAGCAUAGAGCUCUUGAUGACAUUAAAGAAAGUGUUCAAGAACUCCAAUUUUACAAAAGUUGCCUUAAGUUAUAAUGAAAAAAUAGAAUUUUAUAUUUAACAAGACAUUACAUGGAUUUGCACCGAAACAAGCAUCACAUUAGAAAAAUAAUAAUGGUAUGAAUGCAUUGAAAUUCUACCUCUCAUCAUAAUUAUAUAAAAAUCUAUAAAUAUGAUUAGGAUAAGAUAGUGCMAUAUUAUAACCCAUAUUUAUUCCCUGACUAAUGAUACUAUGAAAAUUGUUGUUCAGCUAUGUUUAUGAAAGUUAACACUUGUAUACCUUAUACAUAGUUAUGCUAUUMAAAUACUAUAUUAGUAUUAUAGUA